GGUGGUGUUGGGUCGCGGUAGUGCAGGGAGCUGGCCUCAGCCGAGAUGGUUGGGGUGUUCCUGCUCUGGGUCUUUGUGGGCCGCUGCUCCCCGCUCUCGCUAGCGGUGCCGGCUGCCUGCGUGGCCGUGGUUCCCGGGGGCACGGCCCUGCUCCCCGUCGCCCUGCGGCUCCCGGCCCCGCCGCCCCCUUUCUUCCAGGUGCGCUGGCGCUUCCUGCCCACGGGCCGCCUGGUGCUGCUGCUGGCGGCCCAGGACUGCGGCGGGGCGGCCCCCUGGCGCCAGUCCUGCCGCCUGGACCUGGAGCAAGGCCGGGGCUACGAGGGCCGGGUCGGCCUGGGCCCCCACGACGCCUCGCUGCUGCUGCGCGACGCCCGCCCCGAGGACGCCGGCACCUACCGCGUCAGCGUGCUGGGCCUGGACGUGCAGGCCUCGGCCGAGGUCAACCUGACCCUGGCCCCCGUCCCCACCCCUGCCACAGACCCCAGUCUCCCUACAGAGCCCACCACCGUCCUGCCUCCCACCACGCCAGCACCUGCCAACAGCACCGAACCGCAGGACCUCUGGUUCCCAGCUUCGCCCCCUGAGGCCCUGCAUCCUGACUCUCUGCUCCGGCCCCUCUUACGGGACACGGAGCUGGAUGGAGGGGGAACUGUGGUGUCCAAUGCUGUCCGUCUGGGCCUAGCGGGCCUGGUUCUCUGCCUCCUGGUGCUGAUUGUGGGCGAGUAUGUUCUGUCCAUGAGAAACAAGGACACCUCGGGGACAGGUUCGCCCCCAGAUGCUGCUGCAACCAUCACUACACUGUCGACGAUAUACGUCCUCCAAGAGAUGCCCAUACCAGAUGCCUCAGAGGAAUUAUAUGCCAGCCUAAGUUUCUGAUUCUGCUGUAUGAUUGCACACACGUGCUGCCGUUUCUCCUCUCAAACCCGCACUCACCAUCAUCAUUAGCUGGAAUUGUGCUCCUGCAGCCGUGAGUUCCACCGGUCGCUGCCACGCUGCUUAGUAACCCGAGACACUGUGGUGAAGUCCAGUGCCAACCUGCAUGCUCUCUGCUUGAACGGUCUUUCAUUUAAGAUUGGAAGGGGUUGAUGAGACGAGAAAGAACAGACGUCAAGCUCCCAGGUUAGAGCCCCAGCCGAUGUAAAUGUGUGUCGCUUUGUUGGAGUCAGUGCGGCCAGACCCCCAGCAGGUGUGACUCAGCCCUCGCUCCAUUGCAAUCAAUGGGGCCAGAUCCCCGCAGGUGUGAAUCAAUAUUGCUCCAUUAGAGACAAACACACCCGAUUCCCAGCUGGUGUUACUUGGCAUCAUGUUGCUGAAGCUAGCUCAGACCAGUGGAUCCACCGAAGCUGGAAUUUCCCAUCCCCCGCCCUCCUUCGCUUUUAUUACAGAAGAGAAGAACGUGAUGUAUUAGCCAAUACUUUCUUCCUCCUUUUCAUUUCCCCCUCGCAUUUCCCACUGCAGACUAAAGCUGCCCUAGCUUUUAGCAUAAUAUCACAUGGGAGCUUCUAGCAUUUCGUAGUCACCCCACAUCCUGUUCGGGUCACCAAGGAGAUUUGGAUCCAGGAACCAGACAAAAAUUCCCUCUGAUAACCACUGGGUGGAAUUCUUUGGCCCGGGUUAGACUAGAUGACUUCAUUUCCCCUUCUGGCCUUAAAAUCUAUGGGUCUCCGACACCUGGUGUUGUCACUUACACCAGAGCUGGGCAAACAAUCGAUUUUUCAGGUGGACGGCAAGUCAGAAAAUCGGGGGAAACAUUGUUUAGGGCUUUGAAUGUGAAAUGUUGCCAUAUUUUCGUUGAAUCAAAAAGUUGGGAAAAAAGCGUCAUGCGGGACUGAACGAGAUCUGCAGGCGUUCAAACAGGAAUUCAUUCAGGGACGUGCUCUAGGCUGCGCGAUGCAGAAAGUCAGCUUGGAUUGUCCCCACCUUGCCUUGGAAUGUGUGAAUUUCUGGCUCUAUGAAAUCUUGGAAUCGAUGAAUUUCUGGCUCUAUGAAAUUGUCACAAUCAAACAAUUGACCUUUUUCAAAACAAAACAAAAAUGUUUAAGGUUUUGUUUUGUGGCCGAAACAAUUGGCCAAAAUCGACAAAAUUUCACAAAAUGUUUCGGUUGAGCCAAUUCUGCGUUUUUUUGCCGAAAAAAGUUUUGGUUGAAAAUUUUUGCCUCGCACCAAUUUACACCAACACCUUGUCAUUGCUAGUGUUCCACACGCAUUUUGCACUAGUGUAAAUAACAACACAAGGUGCAAGUCGAGGGGGAACGAGGCCUCCAUGGACCUUCAUUGCUUAAGGUAAAGCUGUAACUCCACUAGCUGGUUGCAUUGUUAGGCUUUUAUCCUCUACUAACCCCUGAAUGAGAACCAAGUUAUACCUUGUCCUAAAGCAGAUUACACGGGCACAAUUAGAGUUGGCUCUUUUUUGAAUGACAAGCUUUUUUUCCUCUGAAAAUUGGUCUUUUUAAAGAAAAUGAUACUUUUUGUGGAAAAUGGUAUUUGGCAAAAUUUUCCAUAACACUUUUCACUGAUAUUUGAACUAAAAUGUUGUUGAGGUUUGACUCAAAAUGAUUCUAGAAAUGCUUCCUUUAUUGAAAGGUGUGUUUUCAGCCCAUUACAGUACCAAUGAGCUCUGAAAUCAUGCAUCAGUGGCCAAGAUCAGUAAUUGCACCUUAGCCUAAUGGUAAGGGUUGGUUGAAAAUUUUUCACUGACGUUGUUUUCUGGACUGAAAUUGGGCUUUCG